CCCAAUCCACCGUAUAAUGAACCCGAAAAAUUUAAAGAUUUCAUAAAGGAUAAGACCAUUAUUUCUGGUGAAUAUCCAAAACCUAUUUCAAUACCUAUUCCGCGGGGAAAAUUCGUAAUCAAAUUGCCCGAUUUCGAAAUGAGUUCUGAAUUGAAACAAUUAUUUGAAAAGCCUAAAAGUGAAGUUAUAGGCAUACUUAGUAAUGUUCAAUUGAAUCCCAAUGAAUAUAUAAAGUUUUUCACGAAUUUGCUCUAUGCAGAGGAAUAUGAAAUCACUGCUGGGUUUAAAAUUUACGACCGGCGGGGAACGACAUUGACGCGAUGUGGGGAAUAUUUGACACUGGAUGUACCUGGUCUUGCGGAGGAACGUCCAUCGGUGGUUCCCGGGAAUUACAUACUUGUAGUAAAAUGCGGAGUAGAAGAUGGGAAGGCAUACAAAGGAUAUGUCUAUCGGACUCGAGUAGAUAAAAUUGACAUAAAAUUUGGAAGAUCAUUUUUAGAAAGA